ACCGGAGGUAUGUAUCUCUCUAAUAAUCUCUUUCACAAGUCCUCAAGACGCAUGCGUCGUCGCUUUGGUUUCUUGAAGAUCUAUAUGCUUUGGUGAGUUUCUAAGUAAAGAUCGGGGAAUGAUGAGGAGACAAGAUGUGUGGAUGGAGAUUGAGCUUGGGGAAUUCUUCAAUGAAGGAGGGCUAAUCGAUGGUGAUGAAAUUAAGAUGAGUGCUUUAGAGAGUCAUGAGCAGCUUCAUUGGAAAUGUGGCUUGAUCAUUCAAGGAAUUGAAAUCCGUCCUACGAAAAUCCGAUAAUGAAAUGCCCUGGUUUUUUACCCGACCAACCGCUCAUCUGUUGGUAUUAUUGUCAUUAUGGUUAUGCUAUGGAAUGAAGAGGUAAAUUCCAA